CACAAGGAACAAUGAUUGGGUCACUGUUGCUCCAUCUCAUCUCGAUACUAUGCUUGACACAAGCAUCGGCAGCUGCUCCAUCUCCGGCUAAACCAGGCUGCGAAGAUCGCUGCGGAAACUACUCCAUCCCCUACCCUUUCGGCAUAGGCAAGGACUGCUACUAUAACGAAUGGUUCGCCAUCAGCUGCAAUAGUUCUUCUUCUUUCCCAACACCCCUCUUGAGUCAUCCGAGGAUCAAUCUGGAGGUGCAGCAGAUUUCAGUGGAAUACCAAACUGUUUCAGUUCAAACUCCCAUGCCUGCCUACUGCCAAAACCAGGAGGAGACCAACCGGACGUGGGACAGCAUCGACUUGAAAGAAACCCCCUUCUUUUUCUCUGCAGAACGCAAUAGUUUGAGGGUGAUAGGGUGUGGGAACGCUGUCCUCGUCACCCGGAGUGGGGUUACCUUGGCGGGCUGCUCGUCCUUUUGCCAGAAUACAACUAACAAUUUUGUUGGUAAUGGUGGUUGCUUUGGUAUCAACUGCUGCCAAGCCACAAUCCCAUCUAACCUCAAUUUUUUCCGUCUAAAUACCACUGCUACUUCUUAUUUGAGCAGUGAGUCGCCUUGUACGUUUGCUGCCUUGGGAAACGGAUUCUCAACGGAUCAAGCCUCUCCCCAGCAAUCUUGGGCUUCAAUCGAACUGACCUGGAUGAUAGAAGAAGCAGUAGAGGGCAGUCAGUGUCAGAAGAACACAUUGAACGGAGCGGAAGUGGGAAAUUAUACUUACUACAAUUGCUCCUGUCUGCCUUACGAGGAAGGCAACCCUUAUCUACCCCUUGCUUGUCAAGUUCCGGAAGUAUGCAAGAACUGCGCCGAAUGUCGCAAGGACCCCGAUGGCAGUUUCUCUUGCGUGGUUAGAGGUUCAACUUCAACUUCAUCCACUUCUCCAAAGCCUUUGAUUCUAGGUCUCAGCUUUGGGAUAGGAGGAUCGAUAUUUCUAAUUAUUGGUUCUUUCUGGUUGUAUAAAUUUAUAAAGAAGCGAAGGGUUAUAAAGUGCAAAGAACAUUUCUUUAAACGAAAUGGUGGCUUAUUGUUGCAACAAGAAAUGUCUUCGGAUAGGAUUGCUGUUGAGAAGACAAAAAUUUUCUCUUCAGAAGAAUUGGCAAUAGCAACGGAAAACUUCAACAAGAAUCGAAUUCUUGGGCAAGGAGGACAAGGAACGGUAUAUAAAGGUAUGUUAAUUGAUGGGAAAAUCGUGGCAAUUAAAAAAUCAAAGAUAGUUGAUGAAGACCAAUUGGAGCAAUUCAUUAAUGAGAUUAUGAUUUUAUCACAAAUAAAUCAUAGAAAUAUAAUGAAGUUAUUGGGUUGUUGCUUAGAAACCGAGGUUCCUCUAUUAGUGUUUGAGUUCAUCUCUAAUGGAACUCUCUUCCAACUUAUCCAUGAUAAGAACAAUGAAUUUCCAUUUUCAUGGGAGAUGCGAUUGCAAAUAGCAGCAGAAAUUGCCGAUGCAAUUACAUAUUUACAUUCAGCAUCUUCUGUACCCAUAUAUCAUAGAGAUAUUAAGUCUUCAAACAUACUUUUAGAUGAUAAAUAUAAAGCAAAAGUAUCUGAUUUUGGAAUAUCAAGGUCGGUCUCUUUAGGUCAAACCCACUUGACCACCCUUGUACAAGGAACCUUUGGCUACUUAGAUCCAGAAUAUUUUGUAACAAAUCACUUUACUGAAAAAAAUGAUGUAUAUAGUUUUGGCGUUGUCCUUGUUGAAUUGUUAACUGGUCAAAAGCCAAUUCCUUCAACAAGAUCGGAAGAAGAAAGAAGCUUGGUUGCAUAUUUUACAUCAUCAUUGGAACAAGGUCGUCUAUUCGAUAUCAUUGAUAAUCGUGUUAUGAAGGAGGGAGGAAAAGAUGAGAUCUUAGCCGUUGCUAACCUUGCAAGUCGAUGCUUGCACUUCAAAGGAAAGGAAAGACCCACCAUGAAAGAAGUAACAAAGGAGUUAGAACAUUUCAGAACAUCUUUUUUACCUUUCAGUCAUGUACCACAAAAAAUCCACAAGGGUGAAUCCAUGGUAACUGAAAUGACGGGGCCUUUGGAUGGCACUUCUACAUCGACAGAAUGGUUUCAGCAUGACAAGAAAUCAUCUUCAUAUGAUGUAUAGUCAACGAUUUUGCUUAAAUUCAGACAUUAUGAUAGGAAAGAUUUAGAUAUAUGCUUAUGUUUCUCUUGUGUUGUAAUACAUUAAGGCUACUGAACUAUGUCUUAGCUGCAUUUAUGAACCUUUUCUUCCAUCAAUUUGGUUUCCAAUAUCUAAGGUAAGGAGAUUUUGAUGUGAUAGAAU